AAACAAGGUGAAACAAAGACUUCAAAACUCACCAUCGGCAAAACAACAUGACACAAGAGUGAUAAAAUGCACCACUAGUUAUACAGACUAUGGUGAUAAUGACUCCAAACAUGGUACCAAAAAUGAUAAAAUCCUCACUGGUGAUUUUCCAAUUACAGGAAUGCAAACAAUAUUCU